CUGACAAAAAAUUAUCAUUCCAGUUUGCUUUGUAAGUCAACGUCACAAAUUCGUAAACGAUUUAUCAUCCGUAUCCAGUGUUUUCUAUCUGAUGCGUAUAAAAUGGAGAACGCCACUACAGAAAAUGAAAUUUUGGAUUGGAGUUAUCAUUGCGAUAAUCAUUUUAUUCGACUUAAAAGCUCAAUGGAACUUACUGACUACUACUGUUCAUCUAGAGACGAAACAUAGGAUUUCAGGAAAACAGUCUAAUAGCAUGCUAUCGAAUACAAGCAAGCAAAACGAGCAAUACUCUUACCCACCAGAAAAUUUUCAAGUCAAUGGAUCGGAUAUCAUGGUGCAACUUCAUAUUCAAAAAACUGGUGGAUCGAAAUUUGAGUUCAAGAUCAUUAGAGACCUACAAUUACAGAGAAAUUGCAGGGAAUUACCAAGAAAAAAGACAGCUCGAUGUUUUCGACCAAAUUCGCAAACGGAACAAUGGUUAUUCAGCAGGCAAACCACAAAAUGGGCAUGCGGAGUUCAUGCAGAUUGGACAUCACUAACCGAAUGCAUUGGGCACAGCUCAAGUAGAUUCGAGAUGAAGAAAAAUUCUUCCGAUUACAGAUAUUUUUACAUAACUUUGCUCAGGAAUCCAAUUCAACGAUACAUUAGUGAAUGGAUUCAUGUAAAACGAGGAGGAACAUGGAAAACUACUAAAUAUGUUUGUAAAGGCCAACGGUCAUAUAUUCCCCGGUGCUACUCAGGAACAACAUGGUCUGAUGUAAGUCUUUCAAAAUUUAUUGAAUGCCAAUAUAAUAUGGCUAAUAAUCGACAGACGAGGAUGCUCGCUGAUCUCAAAUUAGUUGAAUGUUACAAGAUGUUCAUGACAAAUGAAACAUAUCCUGAUGUUUACAACGUUUGGCAAAGAAAUAUGUUGAAUAGUGCGAAGCAAAAUUUGGAGUCAAUGGCUUUCUUCGCAAUAACGGAGCGGAUGGAAGAAAGCCAAAUGCUUUUUGAACACAAGUUUGGUCUCCGUUUUCAAUCAAAAAUGGAACAAUGGGAUAAAACCAAUGCAAAUACGUAUCAACUGACAAAACGAGAGAUGGAACAAAUAAAACGUAACAAUCAAUUGGAUAUGGAGUUGUACGAGUUUGCUGUAAAACUAUUCAACAAGCGACUGUCAUUUAUUAAAACACAACCACGGAUUAUUGUGUGAAGUUUUCCUAUAUUAUGCACCAAAAUACCAGCAAUUACUUAUGGCAGAUGUUGAUAGUGUUAAGAUUGAAAAUAAUUUUCGAAAUUAGGUAAUAUGAACUGUCUGAAUGAAACGGCAUAACAACGAUAUUCGAGAUUCAUUUGUGUUGGAAUACUCACUAAUUCGACAAGUGUAUAUUUUGUUUUAUUUGGAUAACAUAUAUAUAAGAAAAAAAAAUCAAGUAUUAUUAUAUAUAAUAUAUUUACUAUAUAUAUAGCAUAAUAUACUGUACAUAUAAACUCUACUUUCAAUAUCGGCAAACUUAAACUGCCUCAUUUUUUGUUAAUAAAAGAAUUUUAUAUUUAA